UUUUUCUCCUUUUACACUCACAGACCCAUCUCCACCUACUCUCUCUCUCCUCGUCUUUUUUCUCUUUCUCUCUCUAAAACUCACCCAACGCAGCCAAGCCACUGCUCUCCUUUCACUGUUUCAGACAAAAAAAAAAAAAGAAAGGAAGAAUUGCUGAAUCUUCAACAAACCCAUCUCAGGAUUUGCCAUUCCUCUGCAAUAUCUUAAAUCUGCUUUUGCUGGGUUUUUUCUCAGCCGUGGAAGACAAAAACUGAAUUAAGAAAAAAAAUAAGAAGCUUUUCUUCUCUGCAAUGUGAGGAGGAUUUUUUCCAUUUUAGGCCUAUGAUGGUGGUGGCUGCUAUUUCUGGAGCAGCUUCGACUGACCCAGCAGCAGCAGCAGCGAACAACGGCAAAACUUCCUCACACCAACAAGACCGCCAGACCCAUCUGCGAAACCCUUCAAGACCACCUUUAUUGCCUUCUGAGAAAGACAAUGGCGUCCUUCAGAGAAGACCCAGAGGUAGACAAGUCUCUUCCAGGUACAUGUCCCCUUCUUCUUCAACUUCCACCUCUACUUCCACUACCACCACAACAACCACCACCACAUCUUCUUCUUCGUCUUCUCGAAGAUGCCCUUCCCCUUUGCUCUCUCGCUCCACCAAUUCCACUUUGGCCUCUUCGACAACAACCCCUUUGUCCUCCUCUGCUUCGAAACGUUCCCAAUCGGUAGACCGGAGGCGACCCAUGACGGCGCCUCGACCCACAACUCCUCUCCCUGAGUCUAGACAAGGCAAUGCCGGUGGUAAUGGUGAAGUCUCGGCGGCGGCGAAGCUUUUGGUUACUUCGACGAGGAGUUUGUCGGUUUCGUUUCAAGGGGAGGCGUUUUCGCUUCCGAUUAGCAAGACUAAAACCGCCGCGACGCCGAGUUUGAGCGCUGCCAGAAAAGCUACGCCUGAACGGCGGAGGUCGACACCGGUUAGAGGAGGAGGAGCAGGAGGAGGAGAUCAGGUGGAGAAUUCGAAACCCGUCGAUCAGCACCGUUGGCCGGCUAGAGCGAGACAAGGUAGCUUAGUGGGUUCGAAUCCCUUGUCGAGGAGUUUGGAUUACAGUGCGGAUAAGAAGCCCAAUGGGUUUGGAUCUGGGAUUGUGGCUCGGGCAUUGCAGCAAUCUAUGAUUGAUGAAAGCAGAAGAGCUUCUUUUGAUGGUAGAUUUAGCUUGGAUUUGGGAAGCAACAAUGCAGUUCAGCAAAACCCAGAUGCUAAUUCAGUGAAUGAAUCUUCUUUGCCUUCUGAUCUUACUGCUUCUGAUACAGAUAGUGUUUCCUCCGGUAGUACUUCAGGGGUUCAAGACUCCGGUGGGGUUUCCAAGAACCGGACCACCGGUACUCGUGGCAUUGUAGUGUCGGCGAGGUUUUGGCAGGAGACUAAUAGCCGGUUGAGGCGGUUGCAGGAUCCGGGUUCGCCAUUGUCGACCAGUCCGGUGUCGAGAAUGGGAGCUCCGGCGAAGUUUGUUGGGUCUAAAAAGUAUGCCGGAGAUAACUCAUUAUCGUCUCCUAGAACAAUGGCUUCUCCUAUUAGAGGAGCUGCACGACCUGCAUCACCAAGUAAGUUAUGGACAUCUUCAUCAUCAUCAUCAUCAUCAUCACCUUCAAGGGGGAUAAGUAGUCCUUCUCGGAUGAGAAAUGGACUUGCUGGAAGCUUGAAUAGUAGUUACUUGGGCAGUACACCUUCAAUUCUCAGUUUUUCGGUGGAUAUUCGGAGAGGGAAGAUGGGGGAAGAUCGUAUCGUUGAUGCACACAUGUUGAGACUUCUGUAUAACCGUUAUUUGCAAUGGCGGUUUGUAAAUGCAAGAGCAGAUGCUACUUUCAUGGUGCAGAAACUAAAUGCAGAGAAAAAUCUCUGGAAUGCAUGGGUAACAAUCUCGGAACUACGACAUUCUGUCACUCUUAAAAGGAUCAAGUUGCUAUUGGUGAGGCAAAAAUUGAAGCUAACUUCUAUCCUCAAGGGACAAAUUUCUUUUUUGGAAGAAUGGUCCCUUCUGGAUAGAGAUCAUUCUAGCUCCUUGCUAGGAGCAACUGAAGCCUUGAAGGCCAGUACUCUCAGACUUCCAGUUGUUGGUAAAACUGUGGCUGACAUUCAGAAUCUUAAAGAUGCUGUGAGUUCAGCAGUUGAUGUGAUGCAGGCAAUGGCAUCUUCCAUAUGCUCUCUCUCAUUGAAGGUGGAGGAAGUCAACACCUUGGUGGCUGAACUCGUGAAGGUGACUGCAAAAGAGCGCAUUAUGCUUGAACAAUGCCAAGAAUUCUUAUCCACAAUAGCGGCCAUGCAGGUCAAAGACUGUAGCUUGAGAACACACAUAAUACAAUUAAAUCGAGUACCAACUACCAGCGGUCUGACAACACAUGUGUAGAACUGAUCUUAUUUGACUACUCACUCUGAAUGCUAACAUUACAUCGACGCUUUUCUUUUUACCACGAGAGGGAUGGAGAUGGAGGUGGAGGUGGAGUUGUAGGUGGAGGUGAAGGCGGAGACGGAAUGCAAACAUGGGAGGUAAUAAGAACAGAAUUGGAUGGGAUUCAAUUAGCUGGUUUUGGCUUCUGAUUUGGCAUUUUUCGAUAACCUGUUUGGGGUCUCUUCUAUCUCAUGUAUCUCAAAAUUGUAUCUUUUGUAAUGUGGAGAAUAUUAGAAAAUGGCUUUUCCUCACUAAAUUAGGUGUAUACAACUACUUGUAUUUUUUUUUUUUUUUUUUUCCUUGAGGGCAAAAAGGAAAUGUAUAUGUAUAUAUGUAAUGUCCUGAUCUCUGUUAAUCAAGUAGUAGUUUGUUCUGAAAUUCUUCAUUUAAAGCUCUGAAAAUGGUUUGCCUAUUUUCUUAUUA